UUCGUCGAUCGGCUACUUUCAGGUCGUCUGCGUUCUUGCGUCUCUCUCUCUCUGCUGCGAUCCCGUACAUGCAUAUAUACACCGUCAGUGUGUGACUCUCUCGCGUAUUAAAUAAUAAUCAACGCGUGUAUACAGUUAAGUAAGUGUGUUUGUGCGUAUUUUUUUUUUCUCGAUAGUCGAGAAGCGCGCGGCAGCAAGAGACUCCGCAUCCCAUCUCGCCUGCUCCACCACCACCACCACCACCACCACCACCGUCGUCGCCGCCGUCGCCGCCACCAACAGCGUGUCGCACCAGUUUUUUGUUGUGCGCGAUCAUCAUCUCGUUCGAGGUAGUAGCUGAUUAAUAAAGAAGACAGGGAUAAAGAAAUGUCGGUCGACAAAGAAGAGCUGGUGCAGCGCGCGAAGCUGGCCGAGCAGGCCGAGCGCUACGACGACAUGGCCUCGGCGAUGAAGUCCGUGACCGAGACCGGCGUCGAGCUGUCGAACGAGGAGCGAAAUCUCCUCUCGGUGGCCUACAAGAACGUGGUCGGCGCGAGGCGCAGCUCGUGGCGCGUCAUCUCGUCGAUCGAGCAAAAGACCGAGGGCUCCGAGCGCAAACAGCAGAUGGCCAAGGAGUACAGGGAAAAGGUCGAGAAGGAGCUCAGGGAGAUCUGUUACGAUGUUCUGGGUCUUCUUGACAAGUACCUCAUCCUCAAGGCGAGCAACGCGGAGAGCAAAGUCUUCUACCUCAAGAUGAAGGGAGAUUACUUCAGGUAUCUUGCGGAGGUUGCCACCGGUGACAAUAGAUACGCCGUCGUAGAGGACAGUCAAAAGGCAUACUCGGACGCGUUCGAAAUCAGCAAAUCCAAAAUGCAGCCAACCCAUCCAAUCAGGCUAGGACUCGCGCUCAAUUUCUCCGUCUUCUAUUACGAGAUUCUAAAUUCGCCGGACAAGGCCUGCCAGUUGGCCAAACAGGCAUUCGACGAUGCGAUUGCCGAGCUCGACACACUAAACGAGGACAGCUACAAGGACUCGACGCUGAUAAUGCAGCUGCUGCGUGACAACCUCACCCUAUGGACCAGUGACACACAGGGUGACGGCGACGAGCCACAAGAGGGCGGCGACAACUAACCCUCAUAAAACCAAUAAAACACAAAAAAAAACACAUUACUUAUAUAUAAAUAAAAUAUAAGCGCGCGAGUCUUCAAGAACAAUUGAAGAAGAUUAAGAAAAAAAAACAAAUAUACAAAAACAACAAAACAACAAUGAUGAAAAAUGAAAAAAUCAGAAAAUAAUUAUUAUACUAUUUGAAUAACAAGACACAGGAAAAUUGCCUCCUUCAAUUUCAUCAUCUGUCUCCUUACUCUUACCUCCCCCCCCCCCCCCNCCCUCCGUUCAAUCAGAAAUUCCUUGUCCAUAAACUUUACCUCAAGUUCGUGUGUGUGAUAAUAUCCCUCGGGGGUAAAAUUCUCUUGUCACGUCAUCGAAGUUUUUCGCUUCAGUGGUUUAUACCUGUAUUUACACUCUAAUCAGUAUAUAAACGAUUUUUCACUAUGUUUAAGACUAGUUAAAAUGAAAGAAGAACGGACUCGACAAAGAAUUUACCAAUUGUAAACAAAUCAGAGGGAUAUUUUAUAAAAACGUCCUAUUUGUCAUGUAUAUGGGUAAUAAAUAAAAAAAAACCACACAAACACAAAACGCCGCGUAAAUUAGCACCUUUUUCACCCGAUCACUGAGUACUGAUUCCAUCGUGACUCUUUCCUGGAAUUAUUCAUUUCUGAAAAAUCUUUUUCACGAGACGAUUAAUCGAUCAUGAAAAUUUACAUAGAGUCAAUACUUGGUGUCUAAAAAAACGAAAAGUAUGUCUUUCCCCUCUUUCGCCUCUUGUCUAUUUGUACUUCAUCAAAACUCAUUUUAUCAUGCCGCUUCGUACCCUUCUUUUUCACGACCUUCCUUCAGAAAGUAUAAGAACGCAUUUUCUCUCGCAACUACUUCCCUCCGGGUGCCUUCCUCUCUCUUUCUCUCUCUUUCCAACUUUCCAACUUCGAAUUUCAUGUAUGCAUCUCUGUGAAACAAUUUGCAUUUCUCACCUUCUCUCGUUUAUCUUCCUUUCACUGGUUUCCGCAUUAAUUUAGGGCCAGCGAGAGGAAGAAAAAUUGUAACAAUUCGCGCGAGCUUUAUAGCUCGGGCAAAGAGAAGAUGAAACGUGUAAAUCUGUUUUCAUCGGUGUGAAACAUAAAAAAACUAUUAUAUUUGAAGAGAACCAAACACUUUGAUGGAAGAGUGAAGCGCUCAAUUUUUAAUGGUAUAUAAUGGAAUUAUGUGUGAAUACAUACUAUUUAUAUAUUAAAAAGAAAACAAAAACCAAAAAACUUGAAAGAUAAUAUCAUCUUGAAUUUUACUUUUUAACGCAACACACGCUUCAACUUACAUACUUGUUCAAUCAAAAAAAAAUGAAAGAAAUAACAAAACGACGAAGCAAAAUUUAAUGGACAUUGUUCUUAAUAUCCUCUUUGAUGUUGUGAAUCAAAUUCAAGUUUUACUGCAAAAAAGCCGAGAGAAUGGAAGAAUAUGUUUUCUGAAUCAAGGUGGUAUGCAUGAGCGUGCGCGCACACACACACGAAGGAGAAGCGUCGAAAUGUCAGAAUAAACAAUUAAUAUUGUAAUAGCGAAACCAUUUAAGCUUUAAACAAAAAAUAAAGAAAAAUUUAACGUGACAUUGUGUGUAAGUUCGAGCUAAAUUUACUGUCAUUUAAUUAUUAUAAUACAUGUAAUAUGUAAAAAUGCGGCUCGAUCGAUGGGUUUCGAUUAGAAAACUGAUAAAUGAAAUAAGACAAAAAAAAACAAAUAAUGACUCACGAAUUAUCUUCAUCUUCUUUUUAACAAUUAUGAUGAUUACAAGAUGUUUAUUCGGUUUCUCUUUUUUCGUUUGUGUUACUUGUCCGUUAAUUAUUUAUCAUAUCAUUAUAUUAUAUUUACUUUUUUAAUUACUUAUACUUUUCUUCUUACCUGUAUCUUUUAUUACUACUGCAUACUACCAAUCAGUUUUUCGUUGUGAUACAAGAUUUUUUUUUAUAAAUAACAACAGCAUUGUGAAUGCGGCGUUUAUAUAUGAUAUAUAUAUUUUUUUUUUUCGUGAACAAAAGCCAUCUGAGUACCAAGUACUGAAAUUUUGUAUUCGAGAAAAAAUAGUAGGUGUUAUUCCUUCGUUAUUUUUGUUUUCCUUGUUCAAAUGAGAGUGUUUAAUGAUCGCGCAUUGGUAAAUAUGAUCGUUUUUUGAAUGUCCAAUUUUAUAUUAAUGCGACAUAUUACAUGUCAAAGUAGAGUGAACAAAAAAGAAGAAAUUAGAGCAUUUUUACACAUUUUAACGUGCUUUUACCAGAACCGAUUAGCAAAAUAAAGAGGAUGAUAAAAAGUGUGUUAAUUAAAAGUAUUUUGCCCGUUGAUGAUUAUCGAUCUUGGAUUGUAAUUUUUACUUUGCCGUUAUUAUUUUUCUCGCGAUCGUUACUUUUGUAAUUACUUUAGUAACAAAGUAAAAUAAGGAAGAAUUAAAAAAUUCCAGAAAAAAUAAA